UUCCUCUUCUCAACUCCUUCACAUACUCUUCUUAUUUUCUAAAAAAACACUUGCUUGGAUCAAUUCCUCUCUCUCUGUCUUCUCUCGCCUCGCCUCGAAACCCCACUUCCAUACAUAUACAGUACAUAUUCCCCCAAAUCACCCCUCCUUCGGCACCACCCCUCUCCCCCAAUCCUUAGUCCUUCAAACGACUAUCUCCGUAUCUUCCUGCUUUCUCCGUUGAACCGAGGUUGCAGUUUACUUAAAAUCAAUCUCAAUUCCCACUUCGCCGGAAUCGGAAGUUUAUAGUUGCGCAGCUCUCUCUCGCUCUACUACCUUUCUCAACUCACUCCCCCACAUACACACGCACAUCUACACAUCAUGGCUUCUGGUGCUCCCCCUGUUGGACAGGAAAACAUCAACACCGACAUCGUCACCCUCACCCGAUGGCUCACUGAAGAGCAGGCCAAGGUCCCCGAGGCCACCGGUGACUUCACACUUCUCUGCCACGCUCUGCAAUUUGCCUUCAAGUCGAUUGCCUACUACAUCCGUCGCGCCUCGCUGAUCAACCUGACGGGGCUGGCGGGCUCGUCCAACACGACGGGCGACGAUCAGAAGAAGCUUGACGUCAUCGGCAAUGACAUCUUCAUCGCGGCGAUGAAGGGGUCGGGCAAGUGCCGCAUCCUGGUCUCCGAGGAAGAGGAGGAGACGAUCAUCUUCGACGAGCACCCGGACGCGCGCUACGCAGUGGUGUGCGACCCGAUCGAUGGCUCCUCCAACCUGGACGCAGGCGUCUCGGUGGGCACCAUCUUCGGCAUCUUCCGCCUGCCCGACGAGGUGCUGGGCGCCGGCAAGCAGGUGACGGCCAAGGACCUGCUGCGCGCCGGCACGGAGAUGGUCGCCUCCGGGUUCACCAUGUACGGCGCCUCGGCCCAGCUGGUCAUCACCAUGCGCAACGGCACUGUCAACGGCUUCACCAUGGAGAACUCCCUGGGCGAGUUCAUCCUCACCCACCCGGACAUGCAGCUGCCCGCCAAGCGCGCCAUCUACUCGGUCAACGAGGGCAACAGCAUGUACUGGGACGACUGGUGCAACGCCUACUUCCACUCCCUCAAGUUCCCCGGCGAGGGCCAGAAGCCCUACAGCGCCCGCUACAUCGGCUCCAUGGUCGCCGACGCCUACCGCACCCUCCUCUACGGCGGCGUCUUCGCCUACCCCGCCGACAAGAAGAGCCCCAAGGGCAAGCUCCGCAUCCUCUACGAGUGCGCCCCCAUGGCCAUGCUCUUCGAGAACGCCGGCGGUCUCGCCGUCAACUCCCGCAUGGAGCGUCUCCUCGAGGUCGUCCCCGAGCACAUCCACGACCGCAGCGGUGUCUUCCUCGGCUCCAAGGACGAGGUCCAGAAGAUCAUCGACACCUACAACCAGCACAAGAAAUAAAUUCUUGAUUAAGCAAAAAAGGAAAAAUAAAUACCCCCCUACUGCAAUCAAAUGGGUACGGUGCUCCGGGGCUGGCCAGGGAGUUCUUCUUCAGCAUGUCACGAGUUACGUUGUAAUUAACGAUACGCUCUAAAAACAAG